GAGAUAUUUGAUCACGGCCAGGUUGCAGGGAUGGAUGUAUGCCCGUCCAGUUGUGCUGAAAAGGCUGCGCGUUGGCCAGGUAGGCACGAGUUGGAAUUGAAGCACCUGGAAACCGACAUCCCGAAAGCCGCUCGCAUACUCUGCUGCGUGAGGAUCAUGACCCUGUGACAUAAAUAGUCACAGGGGGCGCUUCUUUGCUGUGUUGGCCAGACAGCACCACCACGACCAUGAACGAAAUGGAUCGCGUCACGCAUCUGCGGUUUGAAGCCAUCCAGCAAGAGCUCAACCGACUUCGCACCGACUACAGAUACCUGCGGGGACUGCAAGAGAACGCCUCAGACGCAACCAGCCAUGUUCAAUCCCAACUAUACCACGUGCAGGCGCUCUUGGAAUCUCUCCAGCGGACGCAAACGGCCGACGCUACCGACUACACUGCGCAUCUGCCCCCCCUCAUAGGUGGCCCGAGACUCCUGGAGCCAUUUAGAGAGGAACCACGCCCGUUACCCAAAUCAUUGUCACUCGGCGAGCGGCCAGACGUUCCUGCUUAUCCAUGGAUUGAGCAUAGACGGCGUCUCGAUGCCUCCGCUCCGAUCGCGCCGACGCCACGGAAUCGAGUGCAGACGCACAUGACAAGCGCGUCGGAUGUGUCGCCCUGCAUGAUUACUCCGUCACGUGAAUCUGCAGGGACAGGAUCUCGGACGCCGAUCACACCCCGUGCAGCAGUUCCGCGCACGGGCUUCGUUAAUUCCUGACGAGCUUCGGCGAAACACGAGGCGACAUCCCAGAACUGGGUGAUGGGUCCUGUUUGGAGCUCGCACAUCGUCGUAGGCAGAGUUACGUAGUCGUAUGCAAUCAUGAAC